CGAGGAAGUUGCCACCACACCACGCGUGCUUUGCCAGGAUGGUGGUUCCACGAGCCACCACAGCAAACAGGAUUGCCAUGGGAAAAAGCUUUUUGUGUACUAUCUGUCAACACAAGAAACAAGAAACAAGAGGAAGAGACAACAGUGGCGAGGGCUGAACCUCCACGCCUCCAUGUUGACUGACAGAGUCAUGGCCGGGGAAGGAGAGAAGAAACCAGUGCUGGAGAUGGUCCAGGCUGAUGGGGCUGAUGAGGGCUGUGUGACAUUUGUGCUGCAUGAUGAAGACCAUACACUGGGCAACUCCCUCAGAUAUAUGAUUAUGAAGACCGUGGACACGGACUUUUGUGGCUACACCAUCACCCAUCCGUCAGAGAGCAAGAUCAACUUUCGCAUUCAGACGAGAGGGGGUCUUCCAGCCACAGAGCCACUGCGGAGGGGCCUGAAUGAGCUCAGUGAUGUUUGCCAACAUGUUCUGAACACCUUUCAGGCAAGAGUUAACGAGUUCAAAGAGAGGCAGGAGCAACCCAUGGAAUGAAGAGCAUCCAUAUGUGUGUCUGUAAAGCUGUCGGAUACAGAUUCUACAAACAAAAUGGAAAACAUUACCCUGAUUUGUUCCUUUUUAUAUAUCUACUUUUGAGAGUAGGUCUCCUAUAUAAUAAUAGGUUGCUCGUGUCACAUUCAAACAUUUGUACAGUUCUUCUUUUUUGUAUUAAGCUGGAGUUGAUGUAUGAUUUAUCAUAAAUGUGUAUGAUAAAUAUCUAGUAGUCCUGUGUUCAUCCUUCCUGAAUCUUUGGAAAGCAAUUGAAGCUGUUUAACUUCUAACAUGAAUAACACUCAGCCCUUUGACUCGCCGGAAUUAUUUAUUUUCAUAACUACUCGUGUAACACUGUUUGAAGGAUGUCCAAACCUAAAGUGAUGAGUUUCUAAAAAAACACCAAAUUGCUCUCAUCUGUCCUUUGAAGCCGUGUUUGACGAACGAAGGGAGAAGUGUAAACUAGACUAAACUAGAAUGUCCUUAUUAGCAGAGGAAUGUGGUGUGAGGGACUUCAUACAGUGCCAGAAAGACAGAGAGGGAAAAUGAGUGGAGACAAGUGUAAAUAAUGAGGUUAAAGUUAUUUGAGGUUAAUCAUAUCCCUCUGUCAGUCACAUGUUCAGUCAUUGCUGCGUCUGUGGGUGUGGAACGUAAUUUGAGGAAAAACAGCAACUAUGACUCAUAUUUGACUAACUUUAUGUGCCAGUAUGGGGAAUCUGAUCUAUUAAAGAAUACAAGAAUAGGCCAAUAUUUUGUAUUUUUUUCUUAUGAUACAAUCAGUUUCUUUUUUUUAAAACAAUAGUUUGACAUUUAAGAACAAUAUUUGCUUUCUUGCACAUAGAUAAUUAGAUCGAUACCACUCUCAUGUAUGUAAGGGUAAAUAUGAGGCUUAGCUAGCACAGGGAAAACUGGCUUUGUUCAUACGAAACCAGCCCCUCUAAAGCUCACCCACUAACAUGUUAUUAUUGUUUGUACUGAAAUUAUACAGUAUAAACACCAUGCUGUGGUUUUAUGAGGGUUUUAGCAUUAGCUGUCACCAGCCACCAUAAGUUAUUGGUCAAAACAGAAAGAUUUUAGAGGCUAUAUCAGCAAACCCCCCCCAAGUGUAGUGUACUGAAUAAGGGUGCCUUUUAUUUAUAAUUAAAGAAAUGAAUUCAACUUUACUUUUUAUGUACUUUUAAUUAACCAAAUGUGUGGGCACAAGACUUAAACUAUUGUUUGUGCAGAAAAUUAUUUAUGCACAGCGACACGGGGAGACUUACUGCUGUGAAUAAAUGAUUGUCUUCGAAAACAGUCAUUUUGGGUGUUUUGCCCCAUGCUUGACGUGGUUUUGUUCUAAAUGUCGCACUGUGGUGAUGCUCAGAAUGUAUUUAUUCAUGUGGGAUAAACUCUCAACCAAGUUUUAUUUGAAACACAUUACGACACUUAAGUACAUGUUUGGUUCCCCAGUUUGAAGAGAAAUUCCUCCAAACUGAAUUAAUAUCAACAAGCUUUUCUUUGUUUUUUUUUCUCCUCUUUCAAAUAUUUAUAUUACAGUACUUGUGGAAUUGUCAGUCAUACAAUUGUUGCCUUAAUGAUUUCAUUUCAUGUAAUUAUUUUAGAUUUUUGUUUAUCCUGCACUGAGGUUUAUUAAUGCAGCAGUGUAUGUCUUUGACCUUAGGGUUCAACUAGAUUAUUGACUGUAGCCGGGUUUGUGACAUGUCAAGAAAAACCCCAAUAGUCCUUUUCUCCAGUAUUUCUAAAUAGUUUUUUCUGUAACAUAGACAUUGGACCUCAGAAGCAAACUUUUAUGAAUUACUCUGAGGCAAAAUAAGAAAAUAAAGUAACCGCUAAUAAAUGAGGUUCCCUGCCUUGUAGAAUUUGUGGCUGAUUCCAAGAAACAGCUUUACUAAGUGAAAAAAAAUUAACUUCUUCAAAUCAGUAACAGGCACUGAUCUAAAAGAUAUUUUCUGAGAUUUAAUCAGCAGUUAUCUCUGUAAACCUGCUUCUUGGAACUGGCCCCUGGCGCCUAAUGUAUAAUUGUCCAAAGCAAUAAUUUCAGACCAGGAAAAGCCUUUGAGGUCAAUUGCUUAACAUUUGCCGUGUUUUCUUUUGACAGUCCUACUCUGAAAUGUAACUUUUACUCACAAAAUAAAAGACAUGACACCCAUGACUUAAUAUUUAA